AUGGAGUAUAUCUGAGGCACUAUCCAAAAAUGUUUCCUUCGAUGAUGCCUCCAAAAUUCAGUAUCUUUUCUUUAACAUUGAUCACACAGAUAAUGGAUUCUAAAAAGAGUUCCUGUAACUUUUUUUUUUUUUUUAACUCUGAGACUUGUCACUUCCUCUUUGAUGAAAAAAGGACUUUCUUCACUAUUCAAACUUAGUCUGCUCUGCAGAUGGGACCUUUUAGGAAACAGAUGGCAUCAUUUGAGGAAACUGAGGGAAUCUACGCCACUAUUGACGAUGUUAAACCUGUCGAUACCAGACCUCCAACCAUUUGGACAAGUCCUUUUUGGAAACAGAUAUCAUUUGAUGAAAGUGAAGGAAUCUACGCCACUAUCGACGAUGUAAAACCUGCUGAUGUCAGCCCUCCAAUCAUUUGGAUAAGUCCUAGAAGCUCAUCAAGGAGAUCUUACAGACUUGUUGUUCUUCUGGGACUGCUAAAUCUUCUCCUUCUGGCUGGGAUCAUCGGCCUCAGCAUCCUCUCACAUCAUGUAUCUGCAGAGCUCUCCACCAUCAAAGCCAAUCUGACUGAGCAGCUUGAGGUCAAAGAUCAGCAGCUGUCUUCACUGAAUGAACAGAGGGACCUUCUGAAUGUCAAAUUCACCAACAUGAGGAAAGAGCUGUCUCAAAAGAAAAAAACUUGUCCUGCAGGAUGGAAGAUGUUCCAGGGUUCCUGUUAUUUCUUCUCAACGCUUAAAAAGACUUGGGAGGAGAGCAGGAAAGACUGCACAGACAAAGAUGCAGAUCUUGUGAUCAUUCGUAGUUUUGAGGAACAGGAAUUUCUCACUAACAACAGAAAGGAUUGGACAUGGAUUGGCCUGAGUGACAAAGAGAAUGAAGGCAUCUGGAAAUGGACGGACGGCUCCCUACUGACUCAGGAAUUCUGGUUCAAAGGGCAGCCUGAUAAUGGUGAAGGACAUCCCAAACUGGGUGAAGAAGACUGUGUUCAUUUCAGAAAAACAGACAAAAGGUGGAAUGAUCGGGGAUGCAACGUGCCCAUGCAUUGGAUUUGUGAGAAAUAGUUCUGAAAUUAUUAAGCAUUCAAGUCAAACAUAAUUGAUGUUACAUUGUGUGACAUUCAAAAAAUCAGGUUUGUUGUUAAAAUUGACUGUAGUUUUGUAUAAGGUACUAAUAAAGACCUCCUGCUGACA